AAAAAUAUCAAGAUCUUUAAACGACCUUCCGAGCUUAUUAAAUAUGUCGCUUUGUUUAUUGCGUCUGUUUUUUAUCCAACAUUGAAUUACGGUUCUAAAAUUUUAAUUUGUCAAACGAUACGUUUUCCAAUAAUAAUUCUUAUAUAUAUAUAUAUAUCUAUGAAAACAAAAAUGAAAGUAAAAACACCUAAAGAAAUUAAAAAAUAAGUAGUUAAAUUACAUAUUAAUAUUUUAAAAGUCUUAAUAAACACGUCGCAUCGUUUUAUCAAUUGAUGUUUAGUUGUUUUUCUUAAUGUUUUAGGUACAUUUUUUAUUGGAAAAUAAAUAGAAGCUUUUCGAUAGUGUUUAUAAAAGCAUAUAUAUUACAAUAGUAAAAUCCAUUCAAAAGUUCAUUCAUAACCGUACAACAUGUUGUUACUUUUUUGAUGAGCAUAUAUAUUUUAGAGCAAUGGCUGCAAAUUAAAGUAUAAGUUGAAUAUAUUUGUUAUUAAAUAGAACAAUUUCAAGCCACUAUUACCGAAGGUUCUCAGUCUUUGGUAUACUGCAAAAAUAAUUAAAUAGAUUAUCCACUAUUGGUUAUCAGUAAACUAAGGUUAAUGCAUGAUUAUUUAAUCUUAUUACGUGCACACUUGAUUUCGGGAUUAUAACGAUCCGUGCAGGUAAAAGAAGUAUUUUGCCUCAUUCACUCUCAUAAAAUUUUUGAUACAUACACGUCGAUUGGGAGUAAUUCUGAUCCUGGUCAUUCUUUAACGUCUUAUACAACUAAAUCUCAGGUUGUAGGUACUCCGUUGAUAGUAUGAAUGACCGUACGUUUUCAGUUAGAAGGUAGUACAUACACUUAGAUAUUAUAUAUACUUUUAAACCAAGCCCAGACACUCGGUCAGUCGCUGUGACCGGAUAUCCUCUUGAUUGGCGACGUUAGUCCAAUGAAUACAAGGUAGUACAAACCGACGUGGUCCAUGCUGAAUAGGUGCAAGGAGUGCGAGGGCAGUGCGAACAUGCGGGCUCGAUCUGCGGAUCUGCCUGUUGCUGCCGCCGUGAUCAUUCCGCCGCUGGUUGUUGGACGUAGUGUUACACUUAGCAGUUAGUGAUUUCUAGCAAAAUGGCUUGACAUUUUAAUUUUAAGCCCGUAAAAGCUCAGAACUCCCAAUGGUAGUCUCAAUGGUAGCUCCGACCACUAAGCUGUUCUACUGACGAUUAGUUCGGUGGAUAUACCCAGUGACACCCAUACUGAUCAUCUUUCAACCACAAAACCGCCUGGCAAUACUUUCGGAAGUUCCUCGAAUCAAACAUCAACCUUAAUGCCUCAUCCAAAACCAAGGAAGAAGUGGACAACGCAUGCCUCUAUAUCACAAAUCUUAUUCAAGUUGCGGCUUAGUCUAGUACUCCUGAGCUAAAGGUCUCCGUUGCGAGGGGCGCCUGUCCCUCUUGCUAUUAAGAAAAAAUCACCGCCAAACGUCGCAUCUGCAGAUUUUGUCAGACAACCCACAAAAGCGAGGAUACCAGUACCAUGGCGCCGAUGCGAGCGUUCUCAACUCUGAUAUCCACGGAUACCUGAAAAAUCACAACCAUAUUGGACAAAAUAAAACGAUACUCAACCAGCUAUAAAAAUCGGACCAAGCGCGGAUUGGUGGGUGAUAACGGACGCAGCGCGGAUUGGUGGGUGAUAACGGAUCCAGUGCGGAUAAGUGAGUGAUAACGGACUCAGUGCGGAUUGGUGGGUGACAAUGGACUAGUGCGGAUUGGAGGGUGAUAACGGACCCAGCGCGGAUUGAUGUUUUUUUUUUCUAUCAACAAAUCUUCAGGUUAAGUUUAUGAUUUUCAGAUCAUUGGAGCUAAAGAAGUUUCACUUCAAUCGUGUGGUCAUAAGCACAUUCGCUUUAUUUUUAUAACCAUCAAAAGUGUCCCAAUGUUGAGCAAGUUUUGAAAUGCUUAAUGGGAAACAUGUUGCAAAAAUAGUUUUGUUAUGAGUGUGAGUAUUUUGCGUCAAGCCCUGGUUAGUUUUCUAUGCAAUCGGUAUAUUUGCUGUGCGAUCAAUAUAUUUGCUGUGUAAUCAGUAGUAUCAGUAUAUUUGAUAGGAAAAUCAUAUUUCUGUACAAUUAAACAAGUUUUUUGUUACUACAGAUUAGAUGUACAUUUUUGAAUUAUUUUCAGCGCUAAUUUUGUUUAACAAAUGUUUUGUUUGCAGUAAAAUCAUUAUUUUGAUGUAAAAAAUAUUUAAUUGCUGUAAAUAGCUUAUUUGCUAUGCAUUUAAAAAUAUCCCUUCUUUAAAUUUGUUCAUAGUCGAUAUUGUGAAAUAAAAUUGGUGUGAUAAUUAACGCAAUCUUUAAAAUACUCGCUAUAUCGGUUAAGUGGAUGUGAGAACUUUAUUAUAGUGGUAAUUACCUCACAGAAGCUUGCCGAGAAAGCUGACCUGAUACAUUUUGUGCCAAACACUGGAAGAAAUAUUAGAAUGCGUCACAUCCACAUUCUAAUGUAAAAAAAGAAAGAUAAUUACAUAAAUAAGACGAUGGCUGCAUGGCUUUGUCUUUGCAUUUCCCUAUAUGGAAGAAUGGAGUGGAACUAAAAAAAAGAAAAAUAAAGUAGUUUUUGUUUUUGGCGGGAUUUCAUCGAGUGCGGUUGGCGUUAAUUAAUCUUGGAUUCGUUCAUAGUGGAUACAGUGAAAUAAAAUUGGUGUGAUUUUGUGUUACAAUCGUCUGCGCAACUGAAGAAUUAGUUCAAUCUUUAAAAUAUGCGCUAUCCUGGUCAAGUGGACGUGAGAACUUUAUUGUAGUGUUGAUAACCUCACAGAAGUUUAUCGAAAAAGCCAACUCUAUACAUUUCGUGCCAAACACUCCAAGGAAGAUUAAAAUGCGUCACACCGACGUUCAGAUAAAAAAGAAAUAUAAUUAGAUUUAAGACUAGGCUGUAUCGACAUUGUUCCCUUUACCUUCCGUGAAAUGGGAUAUUCUUAAAAAUAAAUAAAAAUAAAGUGCGACUGCGAUACAAAUAAAUCUCUUUAGUUUUUCUGCUUUGAAGUUUGGAUUUAUUUUAUUACGGAAUCUUUUAAACUCAUGGAUAUCCCCUAAAACAGGUCAAUAGAAUUUCUCGAUUUAGAACUUCAAGAAAAUAUUUGUUUCGCUUUGUUUAUAAUUUUUUGUUCCAAACAAUGUCGACCGUAGAAAACGCGGGCUCUUCAAAGAUGAAAGUUUUGCGGUGCGUUGACUGGCUUAAAGAUCAGAACAGCUUAAAUACUAAGAGACUAUCUCAGCAGAAUAAAAAUGAUAUACAGUUUAUAAUUCAAACGAAUGCUGCAAGAAAAAAGUUUUUACAAUCAGUUCCUGAAGAUGCGACAGUGCCUGCUGGAGUUGGUGAGCGCGAAGAGGAGCCUAAAAAUGUGCCUUUACAUAGAUUACGUCUCGAUAGGCUUCAAAUGGAUUGCCAAUGGGCAUCCUGUCGAUGGCGUUUUGGCAACUAUGAACUGCUCCAAAAGCAUGUUCACAUGCACACUUCAGACUUGCAUGCAAUUGACACAGAUGGCAGCGUUGAAUAUGUUUGUCUCUGGGAUGUGUGUGGUCACAAAUCAUCGGAUUUCCCUGAAAUGGUGCGACAUGUCAAUUAUCAUGCGUACCAUGCUCAUUUGUUGGCCGUGGGCUUUAAUGGAAGAGCAACAUUGAAGUUGGGUCGUUGUGAUAAAGACUCCACUAAGAGAAACCAGCUACCUCCUCUGAAAUCUGAACAUUGUUGUAUGUGGACUGGCUGUGAAGAGAAGUUCAAUGCUAUUCAGUCAUUGUUCAACCACGUAAAGCUGCAUAUAAAAUAUUUGGAUGAGGAGUUCCUUUGCUCGUGGGCUGGUUGCGGUAUGACGUUUACACGGAGGGUGUUCGUGACGAUGCAUGUUCGCUCUCACACAGGGGAGCGAAUGAUCGCCUGCUAUCACUGCGGACAGCACUUUGCUUGUAACAGAAAGCUUGUUGAUCAUAUAAGGAGACAGAACCCGAGCGGCAGCUACGCGUGCUCCGUAUGCGGGGUGUGGUGCGGCACCGAGUACUUGUUGCGCGAGCACGCGCGCCAGCACGUGUCCAUGUACGCGUGUACUCUGUGCCACAUGUCCGCGCCCACGCCGGCCACUCUGGCCACGCACGUGCGCUACCGGCACUUAGCGCACGCAGCGAGACACCACGCCUGCCCGCGCUGCGAGUACAGAGCCAUCAGCAAAUCUGACCUAAAGAAGCACCUGCCGAUACAUACUAAGAAGAGGAAGCGUGGCAAAACACUAGAAACUACAGAAGCGGAAGACAGCGAAGACCAAGACUUGUCAGACGAGGAACUUUCAGAAGUGGAGAAGCAAUCGAAGCCUGCGAGGAAGUAUGCGUGCCACAUGUGCCCGGAGAAGAGUAUGAAGGUGUUUUCAAGAGGGUCCCGGCUUACCACCCAUUUGGUGCAAGUGCAUGGAGCUCAGUGGCCGUUUGGACACAGUCGAUUUAGGUAUCAAAUAAGCGAAGACGGCAUGUACAGACUGACCACGACUAGGUACGAAAUUCUAGAGGUUUCCAAGAAAAUAGUAGACGGUUACAGUGGGCCCAAAGAAUCUUUGGAGACUUCCUACGAUUACGACCUUAGACAAGUGGCAGAACCUACGGAAUCGACACCCAGAAGAUUCGAGGUUUUUUGCAGAGGAGAAGAGGAUAAACAAAGAGAAAAGAAAAUGAAAAUUGAACCCAAAGUUGAAGAGAAUAUAGUCGAAAUUACGGUGUGCAAUGUCGAUGAAGACGGUAACAUUAUUAGCACAGCAGUAAUAGAUAACUCGGACGUUGUUAUACAUUCUGAUAAAGUGUAAAUGUUAAUUAGCCUUUUUAAUCGUUUAAUAGGUUACAUUUAUACUCCGCGAAAAUAACUUUCAAGCGUUAUUAGCUUUACAGGAACAGUGAAAAAAACAAAAAAGUUUAUUAAAAACGAAAUUAUAAGCCACAUUUGUGGUAGAGUCUGUCCGGAAAGAGAAUGGGAUUUAGAUUGGAGGGCGCUGUAGUGCUUUUCUACCGUAUUUGUAAGGUUUUACCCCUUUAAGACAUGAUUAAAUACAAAAAACCGCAAGAAAUCACAACAACAAACAAAUCCGUAUCAAUACAAAACUUUGACGUUUUACAGAUUGCUGAGUUUUUCGCUACGCCCAUUCUCUUCCCGCACAGACCUCUAUCAAGCUUUUUUUAAUGAAAUGAAAUGUAAAUAAAACAAAUUUCAAGAAUUUAGAUGCACAGAUUUUAUUUAUUUAUUGUCGUUUCGCAGCCAUUGCAGGAAUGCGUCCUCAGAAUGAAAAGGAAAAUCAUUCUUGUUUUAUUUAAUGAGUGAUGUGCCUGAAAAAUCUAAGAAUCAAAUAUGAAAUGAAAUGUGUUUUUUUUAAGUUUAUUCAAUGGACUUUCAAAUGACACCAAUAUUGGUGAAGGGUACACAAGCGUAUUAAGGGUUACUAACGCUUGAAAGUUAUUUUCGCAGAGGUGCGAUGUUUUUGACGCCGAGUGUAGAUAGUAGCAAACUUCUUGACUUGACUUCAAAACCAGAGACAAAUAAAUGCGCAGUAGAGGUAUGUAAAAUUGCUAAUGCGCAGGCUUCCUUGUCUAUGGUCGUUGAUCAAGAAGUUUGCUGGGGUGAAUAUAUCAUAGAGGUAUAAGAAUAGAGUGGGGAAGGCGGCUCUUAAAGUGUCCGUCUAGUAGAAAGAGAAAGAAGAUGAGAGACCGCUAGCUAUCUCUCUCUUGUGACGCAUGGCAUCCAAUGGCAUCACAUCGAAAUAGUAAGAUGCUUACGGUUGCUAAUGCGCAUGCGCGAUUAGAGAGAGAAAGAAAGCUAGCGGUCUCUCAUCUUCUUUCUCUUUCUAUUAGAGGGACACUUCCACUUGUAGUAGAGUACAUCUCCCCUACUCUAUUCUUAUACCUCUAUGGCAUGUAUACCUGUGUGUAUAAUGCCAGCACUUAUCGCUAUUCGUAUUUGCUAUUUGUCAUUUUGACAUCAAUGCCCUUAUCAUACUCUAUAAGGAACGAAAAGGAGAGACUAUUGCCAAGUUUACUAGCACAGACGAACAGUCAUGUUAAUUGCCAGCAUUUAGCAGUUGAUAUUCUAUUAGUAAAAUUAAAUGUAAGUUUGUAAGCGCCAAACCAACGGUUUUUAUUUAAUUGAAUGAUUUGGUAUUUUUUACUUAGUAAGGCGUUUUUAAGUAUUAUUAUACACAUUAGACAUUUUCGGUCUAAUAAAUUCUUUUAAUGGUUUACCGUUUGUGGCCAUACUCUUAGAGACUUAAAUUACCUUAAUCUAAUUUUUCGUUCAAUGACUUAUUGUCUCAUUUUAUUGUUAAGUGAUAACAUCAACUUAAGCAAGUUAUAUAUGGACUCUUGAGUAUGGCGAUUGGACAUUUUAAAAAUUAAUAAUUUUAUUCAUAUUUUUUUGUUUUUUUUUUAUAUUUUGUAUAUUUUAAGGAUUGUAUGUCAUUUAUUUAGGUAGCGACGUUAUAGUGUCCAGUCUGUUGCUUUUACAAUGGAUUUUUGUUUGCCUCGAUAUAUAUAUAUCAAUCUCGAUAUGUAUCGAGUUUCAAUCGAGGCAAAUACUUAUGUGAUUAUUUUAGGAAAAUAUUUUUAAGAUGCUUUAUCUCAUUUAGAUUCUACUACUUCGCUGCGUUACAAAUUAAAAUAGGCACAGUAGUUUCCGAAACUUCAGUAUAGAUGGCAGGAUGUGAUUACUUUGUAAAAGUGUCACCAGAUGGCGCUUUAAUGUGAUAUUAAUAUAAAUUCUACCGCGCAUAGUGUAGUAGUUUCAAGUUAAAAAACGAUUGUGAACAUUAUUGUUAAACAUUCUUAUGGAAGAUAAAUUUUAUCAAUUGUUCUAAGAGCGAAGUUUUUAUAUUAAUAAUAAUCAGGGUCGGAAAUAGAGAUAUUUUUUACUAUAGUCAAAUUUAACUAUCGAUGAAACCACGCGGCCUUAGAAAGUUAUUUUUAAGUAUUUUACGCACAUUUGUCAUUUUUCGUUUAAUGUUUUAACGCUUGUGGCUGUAUUUAGACUAAAAUUACCUUAAUUUAAUGUUAAGUUAAAUGAAGUAUUGUCUCAUUUUAUUGUUAUCGAAAGAAAUUGAAAAUAUCAACUUUAAUCAAGUUAAUUAACCGCUUUGUGUGUGUAUAUAAUGUAAUAAUUUGAUUUAUAUUUUUAUUACUUUUUUAUAUUUUGUAUGUAUGAAUUAAGUACUGAACGUAUUUUUUUAGUAAGCGACGUUGAUAUUGUCUCCCCAAAAAUACAACUGUUGUUUUAGUAUACACUUCACUGGAGUAUGUUCGCCUCGAUCGGUCUACUAAAUAGAUAUUAGUAGAGGUACAUAUUAUACUUUUUUAUAUUUAUUAUUUAUAUGUAUACAGGGUUAAUUUUAAAACACCAACAACCUCUUACGGGGUGAUUCUACCCAUCAACAGAAACAACUUUUAUUAAGGGACCAACACUGAAAUCGCGAAAAAAAUCUGCUGUUUCAUACAAAAGUGCAUCAGCUUAUCGUCCGAAAUGUAUCUAUGUAAUUUGACGACCUCCGUGGCCGAGUGGUUUGUACGCCGUGUUUCAUGGUGUCGCUGACUCAAGAGGUCCCGGGUUCGAAUCCCGGUGGGGGCAGAUGUUUGUGUGAUGAAUACGUGCAUUUUUACUCCAGUCAUGGAUGUUUAAUAUGUAUUUCUCUAUAAAUAUACUUAUAUAUGUACAGUAUAUGUAUUAUAUCCGUUAACCUAGUAUCCCAUAAUCCCUUAAAGUGCUUACUUUGGGGCUAGGCUAAUUGGUGUGUGUGUUGGAAAUAUUUAUUUAUUAUUUAUAUUUAUGUAUCAAACAGCAGAUUUUUUAUUCACGAUUUCAGCGUUCAAAAUUCAAAAUUCAAUAUCGUUUAUUCAGUCUAGGCUGUUACAAGCACUUGUGAAUGUCGAAAAGCUACGCCAUCGGUUCGCAAAUCUACGGCGGGAGACCUUGUACUGAGAAGAACCGGCAAGAAACUCAGCAAGGGCUGUUUUUUUCUCCCUGUAUUAUAUACAAAGUCGUCAAAUUGAAAAAUGACUUCAAUAUGAGGUAACUCAUAAAGUCCCUUUUCAUUACAAACAAAAAAAAUGCAAAUAAUAUAAAAAUUAUGACUAUAAAAAAAAAAAUAUUAAAAAAAAAAAUGGUUUAACAAAGUUUAGGAAUGACGUGUCCUACCGUUUAGGCAAAAAAAAAAUAAUAAUAAUGCACGAUUAAAGUUUAGAACAACGAUUAAUAGUACCCAGUGAAUUAAGAGCAGACUCAUCUCCGCUGGUAGCACCCGUUCACGAGCAUGACGCAUGAACCAGCCAUCGCUUCGCUCAACCAUUUUUUAGGGAACGCAACGACCCGCCUCACACGACACCACCGAAGAGAUUUUUAAGAGAGCAUGACUACUCAUAACCACACAUGGAUACUAUGUUACAAAAAUAGAAAAAAAAUAUAUAUAUAGGUACCAGUGUAGAUUAUUAUAACAAACUAUAAACACAACGGCAGGACACAUGCAUGUGAUUACCUAAACACUGUUUGUCCCAUAAUAAAAGUUGUUCCUGUUGAUGGUGGUGAUGUAGAAUCACCCCUAAGAGGUUGUUUGUGUUUUAAAAUUAACCCUUUAUAUAUAUAAAUAUUAGUUUCGAUCGAGGCAAAUUUUCGUGUAACCGAACUGAACUGUUUUAGCAAAAUAUAUUUGAAAUUCUUUGUCUCAUUAAGAUUCUGCUACUUUGGCGCGUUACGAUUUUAAAUGCAAUAGUUUCCAAAACUUCAGUAUAGAUGGCAGGAUGUGAUCAGUUAAACAGUGUCACUAGAUAUAGCUUCUAUUUUGAUCAUAAUAUAAAUUCUAACGCGCAUACGCGUACACAGAAAGGAAGUGACUUUUGAAUGUUAGUUUUAGUGGUUUUAAGUUUAUUAAGAUAAAGAACUAUUAUGAACAAUGUUAAACUUUCUUAUUAAAGAUUAGUUUUAUCGAUUGUUCUAAGAGCGAAGUUUUUAUGAUCUAAUAUAUAAAAUUCUCGUGUCGCGGUGUUUGUGGUUAAACUCAUCCGAAACGGCUCGACCGAUUUUCGUGAAAUUUUAUAUGCAUAUUCGGUAGGUCUGAGAAUCGGAUGUAAUCUAUUUUUCAUCCCCCUAAAUGUUAAGGAUAAUCCUCCCCUAAAUUUUUUUUUUCAAUUUUAGAUAAAAUUUUGUUUUUUUAUUUUUUUAUGAUACAACAUUCAAAAAUACAUACAACCCUAAAUUUUCACCCUUCUACCACCAACCCCUAUUUUUUUAUGGCGGUACGAAGUUCGCUGGAUCAGCUAGUAAUAAUAUAAACCCCUCUAAAUCUAGGCCGGGCCACUUACGACUUUGCAUGCCCGUGGUUGGUGACCAUCGUUAUACUUUUAUUUAUUAUCUCUCAGUCUCGCAUGUGUUGCUUCUAAAGAAAUAUUUAAUUCACUCUUAAUCAGAAGAUUUUUAUCACCUCAAUUUCAUGUUAAUUCAGCAUCGGAAUAAUUGAAAAAAAAAAACUUUUUCUAGCGUUGAAAAAUCGUGCGUGAAUUAUUCUCAAAGAUUACAGAAGUAGUAAAAAAAUAGACUGUCUAUUCUGAUAAAAUAUUCAGAUAAAUAUUCCAUAAACAAAUAUAGAUGCUUUAAGAACUCUGUUGCGUAACACUGAGGCGUAUUUGAUAUCCCACGUGGGGGUUUUUACAAGCUGUGAUUGAGAGUUUACGAAUUGAAGCAAAUAAAACUCAUUUAAGAAAACUCAUUGUUUUAUUUAUACAUCAAAAAAGAUAUAAAAUAACAACAAUAUACGAAAAUAGUUAACAAUUCUCGUUUUGAUUCGAUGGAGAAGGAAAUCAAAUAUAAGUAAAACAACGAUUUUUACUAAAAGGAUCAUAAUUAAAAUAUCCUAAAAAAAAAUACGCAUAAUAAUCAUAAAUAAAUAAGAAAGUAAAAAAUAUUUCUGUUUAACAAAGUUUUUAAAGUGACGGCAGUUCUAUUUUACUGCCAUUGCAAAGAGAGGCAGCAUCAACUUUUAUCAAACUUUAAAAUUAGUUGAUGUCACUGAGAGUGGUCGUAGGUAAAAUGGAAAUUUUGUUAUGUUCAUUAAAAUCUUUUUUGAGGGUCUUUAUAAUUUAUCCUUGCAUAAGGUUGUAUAAGGUAACGGCAUUAGAAUCGGCUAUGUACUCGUAUGUGAUUUCUUUAAAUGCAUUUUUAGACAGCUGUAUGUAUGCAGUACGCAUGCAUGUGUUGAUAUUUGUGUAGAGAUUUU